AUGGAGUCUUCAUCUGAGGGCCAAAGAUCAUCCCACAUCAUGAUACAACCAAAUGAAACAGUACUGACUGCCCUUCCCUAUGAGCCUCAGAGCUCUCUGCUGGAUUUCCUGAAGGGAGAGCCAAAAGUCUUGGGGGCUCUCCAGAUCCUGCUUGCUCUGAUCACUGCGGGUGUUGGAACCAUCUUUGCAUUCAAUUACUUCCAUUUCUCCCAGAGAUUUCCCCUCGUUUUCCUCACGGGAUAUCCAUUCUGGGGAGCAUUUAUUUUUGUUAUUACGGGAUACAUCACAGGAAUCAAUGAGAAGAAAAAAUGUAUGGGACAAGGUGUCACAGCCAUGAAUGUCAUCAGUUCCUUGGUUGCGGUGGCUGGGAUUACUCUAACCAUUAUCAGCUACAGGUACCAGCACAAGUACUGCCAGAUGCCCUCCCUCGAAGGAAUAUGUGUUAUAGGUAGAAACCUGUUCAAUGGAAUUUUGUCAGUCUUACUGGUCACCAGCAUAGUAGAGCUCGGCAUCUCUGUGACUAUCUCCUCCUUCAGAAGCAAGUGCUGGACAACCUCCGAUGAGAUUGUAUUUUUCUUGCCUUCGGAUGUUAUUCAAGAGAGUGAACUCUCUGUCCCUGAAGAAAAUACUGCAGUACAAUUUGAGCUUCAAGAACAGUCCUCCACUGCUGAUUCAACAACAAACAUACAACCUGUUUUCAUUGGAGGCUAUACUUUCUUCAAGUUAAGAGUCACAAGAAAUCCUUUAGCUUUCAGACAUUCAAGGAGGAGAAGCAGUAAAACUUACUACACAUCUUCUGUGUCUAUGCUAGAUGAACAACAGAAAAGUAUUUCUCCACCUUCACAAGUUUAUGAGGAAAGACCUAAGCUGAAACCUUUGCUUCCCACAUUGCUGGAAAGGUCCACAGAAAACAUCCCAUAUGCCAAACAACUGAAAGAUGAAGACCUAAAAUCUGCUAUUGCACAACGCCCAGAAAAUCAAACCCAACUUCUGCAGUCCCGCGCUUUGCCACUCCAAGUUUUCCCAUCCAGUUACAUAAAAAAACUCCAAAUGUUACCACCCCAGGCUCUGCCAGUCCUGGCAUCUCAAGCCCCAACAUACCAGGACACACAGUCUCCAGGCCUGACAUCAGAAGACAUGCCAUACCAAGACAUAUCAUCCCAAGAAUCACAAUACCAGAGCAUGCCAUCCCAAGAUACACAAGCCCUAGACAUGCCAUAUCAAUAUGCACCAUCCCAAAACACACCAUCCCAGAACACAUUAGCCCAAGACAUGCCAUCUAAAAAUAUAUUAUCCCAAGACAUGAUAUCCCAAAAGCCGCCAUCUGAAGGCAUACUUUACCAAGAUCUGCAUUCCCAACUACAAGCUCUGCCAGCACAAUCCAUGCUACUUGCAGCCCCAGCAUUUCAUGCAGCCCAGUCCUCUAAUAUACAACGCCUAGAUCAGCAAGCCCUAGAUCUUCAACAUCGAAAUCAGCAACUUGCACGUGUAUCGUACCAAGACAUGCAAUCAGAAGUCAUGUUACUGACCCAAGAAUGGAAAUCUCAGGAGGAAUUCCAGAGCAGGAAAUCCACAAAGUGGCAAUCCCUAGACUGGCAAAAUGAGAACCUGCAAUCCCGAAAGUCACAUGAUUUAUACAGGCAAAACAAAGGCUGGCAAACUCCAAAACAGAAAUCCCAGGACUUGCAAAUGCAAGGCCAGCAAUCCCCAAGAAAGAAAUCCCUAGACCAGCACAUCAAGGACUGGUUAUCCCCAAAGAGGCACUCCAUAGAUAAGCAAAGCCAAGUUAAGCAAACCAGACAGAAGUCCUCAGAUCAGCGAACUAAAGACCAGCUGCUGGACAAAGAGGAAAAAUCCCCAAAGGAACAGCCCAAAGAUAGACAAGAUAAAGCUCAACAGACUGAUACGGAGAAAUCCCCCAAGAAGCAAACCCAACAGGAGCACACUAAAGAUCUGCAAGUCCGAGAGGAGAAAUCCCCCAAGAAACAACCCCAGUAUGAGGAGGUUGAAAACCUGCAGGCCCAAGAGGAGAAAUCCCUGAAGCAGCUACAUCAAAACUGGCAAUCCCAAAUCCAGGAAUACCAAGCUUGGCAAUCUUCAAGCCAACAAUUCCAAGACCGGAGAAUUCAAGGCUGGAGAAACAAAGAGUGGAAAGCACAAGAAUUGGCACUUGAAAUGCCACAUUCCCUGAGGUGGGAAUCCCAAGCCUGGCAAACCCAAGAUCUACUAGAGAAAGAGUCCCUAAAGCAGAAAGCUCUAUACCAAGAAGCCCAAAAUGUGCACGUCAUAACUCGACGUCAGCAAUUACAAAGCAUUCCAUUCAACGACAGUCAGUAUCAAGAUGAGGAACAAGACCUUAAAUCCACAGAUAUCCAAAAAGAAGGGGCUCAGUAA